CCUCCCCCUCCCCGCCAGGUGAGCAAGGAGCGGUCACCAUGUUUCCUCUGUUCCUAUUGGACCACCACAUGACGGCACGCGAGCUGGGGUUCUGGAACGGCGUGGUUGCCAUGGGAUUCUCCAUCCUGGGCUCCUCUCUAGGCGGCCUGCUGCUCGCACAAUACAGUACCGGCUCCCUGAUGCGGCGUGUGUUUGUGUUGCGGACGGUCAGCAUGGUGUUCCAGAUCUCCCUGCUGACCAUCCUGGAACCCUCCCCCCUCAUGAAAGCGAUGGCGGUGUUGAGUCUGAGCGUGCAGCACUUCCUGGGCGGCCUGAUCACCACGCUCACCUUCACCACCAUGAUGCACUGCACCCAGAGAGCCGAGGAGAGCGUCCAGGCCACCCACUACAGUUUCCUGGCCACCCUGGAGGUCCUGGGGAAGCUGAUGUUCAGUGCCCUGGCCGGGGGCGUGGUGGACUGGGUGGGCUACCACUCGGCCUUCCUCUUCUUCCUGGUCCUGUCGGCCGGCACCGCCCUGCAUGUCUGGAGAGCCACGGAAACAGGCGCCCUCCGCGAACACCUGAAAGAGCAGCCGCAAUGAACACAACCUCCCCUCUACCGAACCCUACCCCUCGCCCCGCUGCCAGUCACUAACCCCCUCCGGGUUUAAUGGUACGGUCCUUGAUUUGGUGGUUGGCAGGAUAGGUUCUACCACUUAAGAUGCAAAAAAGGGUGGGCAUUAGGCAAAUGGAAAUCCAUCAGAGCCACUUGUUUGUAUGCCAAGCCAGCAAUAAUACUUCGCCAGCAGCUACGAUAUAGUUAGCCAGGAACCUGCUAGCAAGAAACAUUUUCAUGUACCAUUCUGAACAGUACUGUAUGUCAUAUCAGUUUGUCAUUAUGUGAUGUUAAGCGAUGAAGUUUACGAAUGUCGCCUACCUCGUAUCUCUGUAAGACUCGUAGAGGCGAGUAAACAUUAAAGUAUCUGCUAACUUGGUUAGCUGCUAGCCUAGCGUAGCUACUUAGCAAGCGUAAAACAUUAGAUUAGGGGGUCUCCUACCCUGUUCCGCAAGAGCUACCUUCCUGUAUGUCUUUGCUCCAUUCCCAGUUGUAACAAACCUGAUUUGGCACGUCAACUAGCUAAUUAUUAGAACCAGGUGCGCUAGAUUAGCGUUGGGAGCGAGAACCCACAGGAAGGUUGCACUCCAGGAGCAGGGUUGGAAAUCACUAAACUGGAUAGCCUAGGUUAGCAUUAGCUAGCUGCAGUCACAAUGAGAAGAACUAGCCUUACACUCAGCUUGGUGCCAACUGCCCCAGGUGACUUAAUUGCACAUUUUCAGGUCUUUUUUUAAAUGAUUCUUUUCUGGUUAAACAAAAGAAGAAAAGAAGUGCAUAUAAUACAAUUGUUUUUGGACUACUGACUUGGGAUUGGGUGGCCUUGCUGAUGUUUAGGGUGUCUGUGUUGUCGACAAAUGUGUAAAAUAACUAUGUUGAGUAGUACUGUGUGUAAUCACUUGAAGUGGGCUUAUGUGAACACAAUGUGUCCGUCGAACUUCAUGUUGACAAUCCAUCGUAGAGCACAUGUAGACGUUCUAAGAAUCUACAGAAAGUCAACUGCAGCUCUAAUGAAUUUCAACAAUCGGUCAGGGUUAGUUGAUAGUAAUAAUCAAGGUAGUUCAAUAUACAGUGUGCACAAUGUAGCUCAUAAGUAAUAACUUGCACACUUGAAUUUCUUUCUGGAUCAAUAAAGGAAAUUCAUUUGAAAGGAAUUGAGCGUUUGUAGAUAGUUUAUCGAGCAUUUAAAGAUCAUUGACAGAUUGACUCGAAACAAGGUGUUACCCUGUCUGAUGCUGCUGCCUCUUGCGCUGCCACACCCUAUAAUGUAAAGGAGCCCUUGCCAAACACAGUGUCUCAACUCACAGAGAGCACAGAAACCACCUGAAUAAACUGCUCAACUCUG